AUGGGAUGGGCACAGCCGACCUCGGUGGCUGGUAGCGGAGCAGCUGCAAGUUUCAUUGCCUACGGAAGCAUAGGUGGCUUUGAAAGGUUCACAACUGUACUCGCCAUAGACGCUUCUCCUCGUGUUUUCUGGCCGUUGUUUGCUUCUUCAAGCGCUUGGACUGACAGAGGCCCCAAUUCUAUACAUCCUGUUUUACGGCCUUACCAGCUGUGCUCAUCAGCGCCUGCCACCCCCUUCGGACGACUUGCUGACUCUGCCGACAUUUCCCAGCAAGACACAAUGGCAGAUGAAGCCGUGGACAUCUUUAAGGUCUUUGACAAGGAUUUCGACGGAAAGCUUCAGGCACUCGAGAUGCAUCAGGCACUGGGGGCCGCAGGACUCUGCGCAGCCAUAGAAGAUGUGCAGCUGGCUCUCAAGGAAGCGGGGGAAAGCGGGGGCGAUUUGCAGUGCUUCCAGAAACUAUUGCAGCAAUUUCAAUCAACAAAACCAACAAACAUAUGGGGAGGAGAUGUGCCUGCAUGGAGGUUUUGGCGACCGCCUGUACUCCAUGCGCACGCAUUUGAAGAAUUUCGGUGGACUGCUUUACAGGUUAUAGAUCCUGCCUCGUCUGGGCGGGUGGACACAAGUGCCCUGAGAUAUUUACUGAUGAAUUUCAACGAAAAGCUUUCUGAUGCAGAGGCUACAGAGUUUAUGGAGUUGCUCAAACUCCCAAAGGAAGGAUUGGUAGAGAUUGCUGACAUUUGCAGCAGGCUGGAGAAGUCUCUACAGUGA